UUGCGUGACUAAUUCAAUUCAAGCAAAUCAAGUAAUGUGCCCCCAGCCUCAGGCCCGUGUAAUAGCAUCAAAGACGUUAGUGCACAGUAUUGGUACAUUACAUUACAACAACACACAUAAAAUCACCAACUUCACACACACCCCAAACACCAUUCAUUCCCACCCAACCCAAACAACAUAACACCAAAAGUUCUAAACCCCUUCAUACCCCAUGAACUCUCUCAUGAUUUUCCCCCAACCAAAAUCAACAAAAACAUGAAAAAGAAUAAGACCAAAUAAGUACAUAACAUAUUAACAUGUUAGAGAUGUAUGUAAUUAACCUAUUAAAUAAAUAAAAAAACCCUAAUGGUCCGUUUUUAUUUUUAUUUUUUUCCUUUUUGAAAAAACAAAAUAAUAAUUAAGAGAUUGGAUUUGAAGAGGUGUGAGAAAAGGAGGCAAGCAAGGGGCGUACUCAUAGGAGAAGCAGUUUAUGGUUAAAAAACCAUCCUCUUUUAAUUUUAUUUUUCUCAUAUGAUAUGGAAAACCACCAAAACCAAAACAAAAACCCAAACCAAGACCUAGAGAACCAACACCACCAACAAGUUUGGGGCACGUGGGAAGAGCUUUUACUAGCGUGCGCCGUCAACCGCCAUGGCUUCAAAGACUGGGAUACCGUCGCCAUGGAGGUUCAGUCACGAACCAACCGUCCAACGCUUCUCGCUACCGCACACCACUGCGAACAAAAAUUUCACGAUCUAAACCGUCGAUUCAUCGACGACGUUCCGCCGCCGCAACAGAACGGAGACGCCGACGGCGUCGACUCCGAUCACGUCCCUUGGCUCGAUAAAUUGCGGAAACUCCGCGUUGCCGAGCUCCGGCGUGAUGUCCAACGCAGCGAUGUCUCCAUUUUGUCGUUGCAGUUACAGGUUAAGAGAUUAGAGGACGAGAAAGCGAAAGAGAAUGACGGAAAAGAAAAUAAGAAACCAGAUCUGGUGGUUUCCGACGAGGAACAGCGGCCGGAAAACGAAAAAACCGGUAGAGAAAUGGAAGAAACUGAACCGGCUAAUUCUGAACCGGAUAUUCGUCGGCUCGAUGAAAGCACAACAAACACAGAUAAUAAACUGUUACCAACAACGGGAGAGGAAUCGGACCGGGAUAAUCAAUCGGUUAAUGAGUCCAACUCAACCGGUUCGAGGUUCGAUGCAGUGAAAACCGGUGAGGUUGACAUAAAGUUAAAUUCCGGUCCAGUUCCGGUUCAUUCGGGUCCAAACGAACCGGUGCAAACCGUUAGAAAGAGAAAAUCAGUUGAGGAGGAAUCAAAUAACGGAAGCUAUGAUAAUGAGGCUAAAGUUCUUACGUGCGAGUCGGUGCCUCCGAGUGAAGAGAGGAAAGUGGAGGGUGACUCGUCCGAGUUACAUGACUCGGUGACUCAUUCGGGGGAGAGAUGUGCGAGAGAGAGUAGCGAGGUGCAGAGUUCUACUAGUUUGACGAAGCGGAAGAAUAGACUACGGAGGCAGAAGGCUUCCGGCGGAGACGUUAUGCCGGAGAAUGAGGAGGUUGCGAGGGUGAAAUCAGAACCGUUGGUUGGCUUGUUGGAGAUGAUCAAAGGACAUGAGAAUUUUUCAUUGUUUGAGCGCCGUCUUGCAAGCCAGCAUGAUUUGAAUAGAUACAAAGACAUCGUGAGACAGCACGUGGACUUGGAAACCAUACAAUCAAGACUCCAAAAUGGUCACUAUUCCUCAUGCACUACCGCAUUCUUCCGCGACCUUCUCCUCCUCUUCACCAACGCCGCCGUGUUCUUUCCUCAUGAUUCCACCGAAUCACGGUUGGCGCAGCAGCUGCACCGCCUUGUUGUUGCCGAGACUAAAAGCAACAGCCAAGCACAAUCCGACCCUAUCACCCAAAAAACCGAUUCACACCCUCCAAACGCACCACUAUCUAAACCAGAUUCUCUCCUUUCCAAGCACAAAGCCUCUGCUCCUAUAUUAGUUUGCCGCAAACGCAGUUCAAUCUCUGUAAAACCUUCCACAACAACCAUUGGCCAAAAGGGUGAUCAACAACCCAUCAUCAAUGACAAGAAGGAAAAGCCAUCUUCUGAUGUGAAACAAUCAUUGAAACCAAGUUAUUCUGAGUCAGACGAAGAGGAGCCUCCUAAGGCAAAGGAAAAGCCUGUCACUGGAGCUAGAAGCAGAAGAAGCAACAAGAAUCUCAACAGUAACACUGGCAAUAAGAAACUACCCUCUAACUCCACUCCUAAAACAGGGUCCUCGGGGAAUAAGCCCGCCGAGGCCACAAAAUCGGAGAAGAACAGAGCAGAGGGAGUGUCAGACAAGAAGAAAAACGCCGCCGCCGAUUUCUUGAAGAGAAUAAAACGAAAUGCAUCGGUGGAGGUGUUGAGAAGUGGUGGUGGUGGAGGGGGAAGUAGUGGUAGCAGCAAGGGUGGUGGAAGUAGUGCUAGUAUGAAAGAGCAGAAGAAAACGGUGAAUAAUGGAAAAGGGGAGAAAGGGAAAGAAAGGGCUUCAAGGUACAACGAUGGAGGAGGGUCAGGUUCAGGUGAUAAGAGGAAUAGGACUAUUGAGAGCAAGAGGAGUGUUGGAAGACCUCCAAAGAAAGCAGCAGAGACCAAUGUAGUUAGUACAAAGCGUGGGAGGGAAAGUAGUGCUAGUGCUGGAAAGGAUAAACGACCCAAGAAACGUUCUAAGAAAUGAUUUUCAGUUUCAUAGCUAGUUCUUUCCCCUGUAUAUUAUUAUUGUUAAAGCAUGUGUUUCUUCCUAUAUUUAUUAUAUUUAUACUGCUAAUUUUUUGAUCAGCUGUAGUCUGUAGUCAGUUACUAGGUAAAUGUAACAUUGUUUAUCAUUCUUGUUAAAGCUUGUAACAACAUUGUCCCUUGGCGCGCUGCUUUUCUUGAUUUUUGUUUAACAGGAAAGCAUAGAAAUUAGAAAGUGCUUAUGCUCAUGGAUCACUUGAUCUAUUUCUUUUUGGAUA